AUGGAGGAAUGCAAACCUACAUCUACCCCUAUGAACCAGAAAGAGAAGUUCUGUAAGGAGGAUGGUGCUGAAAAGGUAGAUGAAGGACUUUAUCGAAGCAUGAUUGGAUGCUUAAUGUACUUGACUGCAACAAGACCCGAUAUAAUGCAUGUUGUAAGUCUACUUUCGAGAUACAUGCAUUGUGCUAGUGAAAUUCAUUUCCAGGCAGCAAAGCGUGUGAUAAGAUAUGUUAAAGGCACUGUGGAUUAUGGCAUUAAGUUCAGUCAAGUUCAAAGUUUCAAUUUUCAUGGAUUUUCUGAUAGUGAUUGGGCUGGUUGUGUUGAUGAUAUGAGAAGUACUUCAGGCUAUUGUUUUAGUUUUGGUUCUGGUGUUUUUUCAUGGAGUUCAAGGAAGCAAGAAGUCGUGGCUCAAUCCACAGCUGAGGCAGAGUAUAUUGCUGCUGUUGCAGCUGUAAAUCAAGCCUUAUGGCUUAGAAAGUUGCUAACAGAUUUGGAUAUGAAGCAAGAAGUGAGUACAAAGGUGUUUGUAGACAACCAAGCCACUAUAUCUAUUGCAAAUGAUCCAGUUUUUCAUGAUUUGAGUUUCUACGAGAAAGACUUGGAGUUUGCAGCUCCUAAGUCAAGGAGGAGUGUUGAGAGUUAUGCCUUAGUAGCUGCUGAGGGAAAGGCUGAAAUCGAGUCACAAAUUCUUCCUACAGUCCGAGCGUAUGGUCUUGAAGGAUUUUUAACUGGUGAUCAUGUCCAUCCACCUGCCAUGGUAGCUGAUGCAAAGGAUCCUCAAGUGUUUAUUGAAAAUCCUGAUUUCCUUUACCGGACUCGUUAUGAUCAAUUUCUUGUUAGCUGGUUAAUUGGAUCCAUUUCUGAGGCAAUGCUUGGACAUGUUAUACGGUGUACUUCCACAGCAGAGAUUUGA